CUGCCCUCUAGCCUGUCACUGGUCGUCUGUAACCAGGAAGUUUGAAGUGACUCUAAACUACAAAGAAGCAGCAUGGCUUUAUAUAUAUAUAUAUAUAGUUAUAUAAUAUGAAUGCAGUCCCCCUACGCAUGAUAUGCACUAACAAGCUCUGUGCGGUUUUCUUUCCAAUAGGAAGGAAAUAUUUCCAGUUACCAGAACAAAGGAAACCCUGACCUUGCAAGUCCACUUCAGCCUGCACCACAGUUACCUCCUCUGCGCUGGGCGAGCUGUGACAUGCCCAUGUUGCCAAGUUCUGACAAUGCGAGAUGGAGCAUAUUCUGGAUCCCCUCUGGGAGGGAACCGACGCAGAAGAACCAGCCUCUUACCUACAGCAUCUCGCAGACAACAGGAUUACUCUUGACAUUGUCCCAAACGGGUGCAGAUUUUUCCUGCAGCUGACUAAUGAUCCAAGAUGCCACCGUGAACUGGUUGAAUUUCUUAGACUCAACACCAAUGACCCACUCAUCCCCCAAGCACUGGAUGUCCUGCACAGCUAUACUGGACUCAAAUCUCUCGUCCUGAAAGGUGGACAUGAACUUGAUGAAUGUGGUAAAACAAAGAGUGGCCUUCUGACUUCCCUUCCUUCUGAGCUCUGCAGCCUUUCCAACCUGCACCACCUUGAUCUCAGCUUCAACAGUCUCACGGAGCUGCCCCUCUGUGUCACAUCUCUUUCUUGUCUUAGUUCUCUCCUCCUCUGCUAUAAUCAGAUUGGAACACUACCAGAUACCAUCAGCAAUCUGAGGAAUUUGGAACUAUUGUCCAUGAUGUUCAACCUGCUAUCCGUUAUUCCAGGAGAAAUAGGGCAGCUGAGAAAACUGAAGAGGCUAGACCUAUCUGAGAACAAACUGGAAACCCUUCCAGAAACUAUUGGAGGACUACAGGAAUGCACAGAGCUAGAUCUAUCUGGAAACUGCCUCAUGGAACUACCUGAAACAAUGUGUCAUCUGGUGUCCCUCCAACAACUUCACCUGCACAGUAAUUUGCUUAUAAGUGUGCCUGUGGGCCUAGCAGUUUUACCAUUCCUCAAACGCCUAGACCUAAAGAACAACCAACUGCGUUAUGUUCCAGAAGAAAUCAUGAAUUGCCCCUGUGUACAUCUCCAGGGGAAUCCUAUUGGGAUUGCUGAGCCAACCCCUUCAACUGAAGAUCAGGUUCCUGUUUUAAAGUCAAAGGAAAUCUACCUCACCUCCGAAGAUAAAAGCUUUCUAGUCACUCCAGAUGGAUGCAGAGUGUUCCUGCCAUGGGGCCUCCAGUUUUGUUUUCCUCAUGGUGCAGUCUCUUCCAAUGUCACCAUCUACUUUCAAAUUCUACCACCAGACCGGGAGCAUGUAAAAUUGGGACACCACGAUGUGCUACUCAGUUAUACUUUGGAGUUGCAGCCCCAUGAUAUCCAGUUUAACCAGGAUGUGGAGAUCUGCAUUCCUUAUUUUGUGAAACAGUCUAUGCGGAGAAGAAAGCAGGAGUCACUAGAAGUACCUACCAUUUUGGGAACCCCUAGAACCCUGCGGAAAAGAGAAGUAGUGAUCAGGACUUACAGUGGAGAAGACUGGACUGACCUGGCCACCACUAGCUGUACAAAGCGAAAUCUGGCCAUCUGCAAAGUCCCUCACUUCUCAUGGUUCUUUGUGGUGUCACGUUUAGUGAAAGAUCAAUGUCAAGUGCCAAAAGAUGGAGAGGUCUUGUUUUCUAGUGUAGACCAGAACAUUCGCAUUGAAUUUCCUCCUGGUGCCACUGAAGAGACUCGGACUAUCAGUAUGCAGGUAUUACCAGUAAGCACUGCAGAUUUUCAAAGUAUCACUGGAGAUUCCCAGUCUGCAACCAGCCCUCUGUUGUGUCUGUCACAGAGCUCAUCUGCUAAUUUUCUGUGUCCUGUCAAAAUCCAACUGCCACUUCCACCUGGGGUCACAGGCGAUACUCUUGAUCGCUCCAGACUCGUCCUUUUACAUGGAGACCCGCAGGCCCAGAACUGGACAGAUAUCACAGGGCAGGUGGAAUUUGAAAUUACCCACAUUUAUGCCCGGUUCCAAGUGGAUCAUUUCUCCUGGUACUGGCUAUGGUACACUACCAAAACUUACAUUGGGGAAAUUGCCAAAAAUGUCUACACUCGCCUACGCAUGUCUCAGGUGAAUUUUGUGGCCUUGCAAAGAAAAAGGGACCCAGAACAGGUGCUGCUGCAGUGUGUUCCUAAACAAAAGGUGGACACUACGAUGAAGAAACUAAAAGACAGGUACAAAGGCCCUGAGCCAUCAGAUCUGGUGGAGAUAGUGGAGGGGGAACAAUUCUUUGCAGCAUUUGAACAAGGUCUCCAGCUACAUUCAGACCGGCCUGAUUGUGUGAAUGGCAAAAUUUCCUUUGUUUUUUACUCUCGUAUGAAAAACAUUAAAGAAGUGUACGUGACAUCCCAGGCAGACAGGAAGGAAAAGGAUGUUAAAGGGCAGGUGUCAUUCUACCGUGGGUCAGUUCCAGUUGCUUUACCAAAGGAAGCAACAAAGCACAGGAAGGGCCCAAAUUCUGACUGGAUGGCCACGCUGCCCUUGAAACUUCCAAAACUUAAGCUGCUGUAUGGGGAAAAUGAGAAGGGGAGAAAUGGCAGCUCCUUGCCCCCUUUGAAUUUAGGCAAUGCUGAGACAGGCUACCUUACGGAGACCAACCUGUCUAGCAUUGCAAGACGCAUUGGAAAAGAGUGGAGGACUAUUGGCAUGAACCUGGAUCUAAGCUAUGGGGAGCUGGAGCGAAUUAGCCACAAUAACAGGGAUGAUCUGGACCAACAGAUUUUUGACAUGCUUUUCUCCUGGGCUAGAAAGAACUGUAACCAGCAGGACUGUGUGCAGAGACUGAUAGAAGCCAUGCAAGUGAGUGGCAGACAGGACAUCGCAGAAGAGAUUGUGGCUGUAAUAGAGUUGGGAAAGCAGAAGUAUGCACAAUCCAUCCUCAGGCUUGGCCUGGACCAGGGGAACAGCAGUGAAGACUCUGCGAUUGCUAUGAGCCAGUCAUGAUCAGCCUAUUGACUUGUAUAGGAAUCCAAAAGGAUGCCCUCCCAGAUCAAUAUAUCAUUGGGACUCUGGUACAGAUAGGGCAGUCUGGAAAAUUGCAUCGGCUAGGGAACCACAUUGGGCUGUGUAUUCAGUCUGCUGCCAACUGGGUUGCACAACAACCGAGCAGCCAAAUAAGGCUAAGACUGGCAAUAAGCUAAAUGAAUGAAACUUGCCAUGUGUGCCCAGCUUUAGUACUUCUGAUAUUCUACCCAUACACAAUCCGAGCCUCAGCCUUUAUGCUGGUAUUACAUCUGAGCAUACUGAGCCAUUAAAACUUUCAGAGGCAGAAAGCUGUACAUUUACGUGUUAAUACAACUGUGCAAUUUAGCACCUAUGUUUGUAAAUCAGCCCUAACAUCCCACUUCUGACCAAAGUGCACUUAGCAGGCAGUAGAUAGGGACCUGUGGCAGGUACAAAACUUGCAAAGAUACCUGACAUAAGGGGGCUUAGAAAAUAAUAUGAUUAUUGGUAAUAAGCAGUAAUAAGUAAUAUUGUUCAACAAAACUUGCAUUCAUUGGGCAACAGGCCAAGUUCAAGAGGUUCUCCAAUCCUGCCUGCUCCUUACAGCCAGCUUGUCCAUUGCUAUUGUGAUUAAAUAUUUGUUGCUCAGUGAGCAACCAACAAC